CGGGCGCUAACCGAGCGCGCGAGGUCCAGUUCCGGAAGCUUGCCGGGAGGGUUCUCCAUGAAAAGCCUGGCUCGGCCUUUGGCAGGCCGACCGACUGGUACCCCAGAAGAGCGUUAGAACUGUUCUCUGAUAACCCUGCCGCUAACCAUAGUCAAGCAGUAACUUGAAACCUUCAGCAAUCCAGGGCGGAGCUCCCGCCAGUGCUAGACCCUGAGCUUGGCACAGUGAGGAUCUCUGAAGACCUAAAGUAGGAUGGAUCUGCCUGUGGAUGAAUGGAAAUCGUAUGUGUCUCAGAAGUGGUCUUUGCUCCCGAAGUCCAUUCAGGUCACAAUCUCUACUGCAGAGACCUUGAGCGAAAUCUUUCGUCACUCCUCUUUGCUUCUUGAACCUGAGGAUGAGAUGUUUUUACAAAAUCUCUCUAGAGGUUACCUUGUGGAAAAGGACCCCAGCGCUCCCCUUUUCUACAGAGAAGAAGGAAACAAAAAAUUUCAGCGGAAGGACUAUAGGGGAGCCGCAGCGCUGUACUCUAAGGGAAUAUCACAUUCAAGGCCUCACACUGCAGACAUUUCACUGUGUUAUGCCAAUCGCUCUGCAGCCCUCUUCCACCUGGGUCAGCAUGAAAUGUGUCUUAAAGACAUCAUGAGAGCGCAGAUGCACGGGUAUCCAGAGACACUGCAACCCAAGAUGCUGUUGCGUAAGGCCGAAUGUCUGGUGACCCUGGGGAGACCACAGGAGGCAAGCCAGACCAUCAGCGAUCUUGAAAGGAGCUUUGCUGCCAAACCAACCCUGGCAGCUGCUCAGUUUCAGAUUCUGCAGAGAAACCUCUGUCGUCUGAAAAUGAAGGCACAAGAAAAGGAGAAUCUCACAGAAACCUUCCCAGCAGGUCUAACCAAAGCCUUGGAGGAUAUGGACCUAAAGGAAGAGAAUGGGCAAAUCCCCAACGCGGCGUCAUCUGUCAGCUUACGCACAGACCCCCUAAAGGGCCGCUAUCUGGUUGCCACAAAAGAUAUUCCCCCAGGAGAGCUCUUGGUGAAGGAGGACGCUUUUGUGAGCGUCCUUCACCCGGGAGAGAUGCCACCACUGCGCCUCCCAGAGAGCAAGUGGGAUACCAGGGUUACCAAUGGGGACCUCUACUGUCACCGAUGUUUAGAGCACACGUUGGCCCCCGUUCCCUGUGACGGGUGCAGCUAUGCCAAAUAUUGCAGCCAGGACUGUUUGCAGCGGGCCUGGGAUCUGUACCAUAGCGUGGAGUGUGCUCUAGGGGGGCUGCUCCUCACCCUGGGUGUCUUCUGCCACAUUGCCCUGAGGUCUGCUCUCCUGGCUAGAUUUGAGGAUGCAAGCAAAGUCGUAAGGAAGCUUUGUGGUGAGACUAGGAACAAAGACUCGUUUUCCCCCGAAAGCGAGGCUCAGGCACAAACGCUCACUUGUGACCUGGGAGGGGAGAGGGAGAAAAGAGACAAUCCGCGGGAACCCCCCAUUCCGGGAUGUGAUCUGAAUGGGAAAUAUGAAAGCAAUUACAAUGCCGUCUUCCACCUCUUGCCGCAUACUGAAAACCAGAGCCCAGAGCACAGGUUUCUGUGCGCUCUGAGUGUCUCUGCGCUGUGCAGGCAGCUCGAAGCAGCCAGCUGCUGCAAGCCCCCGGCGGCCGGGCCUCCUGUCCCGGGCUCCGGGCCGGCCGUCUGCGGAGCGGCCAUGCUGAAACACAUGUUGCAGCUGCAGUGCAACGCUCAGGCGGUCACCGCCAUUCAGCACACAGGAUCUGAAGAGAACAGCGUGACCAACAGCAAGCAGGUCCGCCUUGCCACGGGCCUCUUCCCUGUGGUCAGCCUCCUGAACCAUUCUUGCAGCCCCAACACCAGCGUGUCCUUCGUUAGCACCGUCGCCACCAUUCGGGCAUCACAGGAGAUCAGAAAAGGCCAAGAGAUUCUCCACUGCUAUGGGCCUCACCGGAGCAGGAUGGGUGCUGCUGAAAGGAGACAGAGGCUGAGGUCUCAGUAUUUCUUCGACUGCAGCUGCGCAGCGUGCCGGGAAGAGGAGCGAGCGGCUGCAGGGCCCCGGUGGGAGGCGUUCUGCUGUGAGAGCUGCGGGGCGCUCCUGCAGGGAGAUGACGAACUGAUCUGUGGCAGCACGUCCUGCACGGAACCCGUCAGCAGGGAUCACCUCAUCUCCCGGUUACAGGACCUCCAGCAGCAGGUUGGGAUGGCCCGGAAGCUUCUGGGAAAGGGUAAACCAGAGCGAGCCAUUCAGCUGCUGCUGGGCUGCCGGCGUGAUGCCCAGAGCUUCCUGUCGGGAGAGCACAGUCUGGUGGGGGAAAUGGAGGACGACCUGGCCCAGGCCUACGCCGCCUCAGGGGACUGGCCAAAGUCAGCUGCCCAUCUACAGAAGAGCCUCCGAGCCGUUGAGGCCCGGCAUGGGCCGACCAGUGUUGAAGUGGGCCAUGAGCUCUUCAAACUGGCCCAACUCUUUUUCAACGGGUUUGCAGUACCAGAGGCCCUGAACACAAUACAAAAGGCAGAAGAGGUUCUGACGGUGCACUAUGGCCCUGGGAACGACGAGAUCCAGGAGCUACGAAAGAUGAAAUCUUGCUUAUUGGACUUGCCACCCAUCCCUGCGGAGCCUUCCGUGCAGGAUCCCAAGGUUUUCUUCCAACAGUUAACUACCCUCCCGUAAAAACUCCCAGUUCCCAGAAAAGACUUAAAACUAGUGUCUGGAGAGCCUAAGCCCUUUAAAAGGAUUUUAGCUCAUCUGCAGGCAUCUGGAAGUUAGCCUGGGGUUUUGGCUACACUCCACCUCACUAAAUGAUGAUAGUCUGUUUCCCUGGAACAUUCCUAUGGUUCUAGGAGUAAUGAAAUGUUAUGUACCACACCAGUGGGAACUUAGGCCCUUAGUAGUUGGUAGUUGUAUUGUAAUUGAAAAAUAAUUAUAAAGCAAGAAACCACCGAGGCUCCUUACCUCUAGAGACACCAUCUCAUUUAUGAUACCUAGCUUUCUUGAAUCCUUUGUUAAAACUAGUACAGUGUAAAUUGUGAAUAGAGAAAUAAGGACAGGGCCACUUUAUUGUUGAGCAGUUUUCUUCCCGGGACGGCAACUCUAAAUUGGUCUUCUACCCGUUUUCCAGUCCUUAUUAUCUGCCUCUCAUUCCAUGCUCAUGGCAGACUCACUGACCACACACUGAUAAAAUCAAGCUUAUAGUGAUGACA